ACGUAGCCCGAAUCAGAAAAAAAAAAUCAUGAAAUGUGAGUGUACCUCCUAAAUACGUUGUAAUUUGAGGUAAAAUUUGGUCCCUGACAUUGCUUGUUCGGCUUCCGUAACCCAAACGAAGCUGUUCUAUGGGGUCAGGUGUGCAGCAAGACGCAGUGUCAGAAAUUCAGCUGCUGACAUUCCCCUUGCUGAGGUUUAGCCAGUAAGGAUUUUGAACAGGCUUAAAAAUUAAGAACAGAGAGAAAGGGACCCAUGACUGUCUUGACCUAGUUUGGGAUUUUUAAUUUUUGCUUUAGCCAGAGAAAUAGAGUUAAUCUGUGUAAAAGCUGAAGUUUUGUCAGACAGUAUAAAAAAUGCACCGAGUUUUAAAUCCCGCCUUCGGUUAUAUUUUGGUAUAGGUAAAGCCUUGGUCAGCAAAGAAACACCUGCACCGCACCCGAGAGGGCCCUCAGUGCUGCUACAGGAGGGCUUCGGUCACAGCAGAGGUCGUGAAACAACUUCCAGGGGCGAAGGCACAGCCCAAACCUCCCGCGCUGCCCCGCUCCGCAGGCUCCGGGCUGCGGCAGAGCUCGGGCAGGCAGGAGCGCGCAGCCGAGGGUAGCGCAGCGCAAGCCGCCCCCUGUCCCCUGCAGCCCCCGAACAGCCGCAGCGGGACCCGAAUGCCGGCACCGCGGCCACCCCGCGCCAGCAGCAGCGCGGCGCUGGUAAACAACGGCGGCGUGCGGCGGGUCAGGCGCGGGGCGGGGAGCGAGGGGCGGGCGGGGAGCACGGUCCUGCCGCGCAGGCCGGGUUCGCUGGCAGGUGCUCCGCGCCGACCUCCCAACGCGCCUGCGGGCUCCUUCCGCAAAGUUUGCGGGCGGGAGGAGGAGGAGGGAGCCGCGGUGGGACUGCAGUAGCCGGGCUGGAGAUGCCGCUGAUCAGCCUCCUGCCAGCGGCGGGGCUGCGGCAGCGCCGCUGAACCCGCGCUGGCCGCCCGCCCGCCGGGGCGCCUCUACCUCCGGGGACUGAAGGGACCGAGCAGGCCGCUCCGCUCUCCUGCGGGGCUCGCCUCUUCCCGGGGUCCGGAUUCGGCUCCUUGGGACUCUGCCCUUUGCUGCCACCGGGGCUGCGGCGUGUAGUCGUGCCCUGCUCCCAGCUCCGCCGCUGCCGUCCGCCCCCCGCGCCGGCCGGGCGGGUCGGUGCCCGCUGCCCCGCAGCCCCCACGGCUGCAUGACCGCCGCGGUCUCCGCACGUCUGGAUUCGGUGGAGUCCUGGGCCUUCCAUGCGCUGCUGGUGCUGCCCUAUAUGUUUUACGUGGGCUUGUUCUUUGUCAACGUGCUGAUCCUGUACUAUGCCUUCCUGAUGGAGUACAUCGUCCUCAAUGUGGGCAUCGUUUUCCUGCCCGAGGAUAUGGACCAGGCUCUGGUGGAUCUGGGGAUGCUCUCUGACCCUGGCUCCGUGCUCUACGAGACGGACAGCGAGCUGGAUGUCUUUGACGGGUACUUGGAGUGACGGCCCAGGGCGCUCCGAAACGACUGAGCUCUGCCGCCGCCUGGCCCGGGGCAGGGGCCCGCCGUGCCCGCAUGGCCGCAGCUCCGGGAGCGCCGCGGCCCCGGGGUGCCCUCGCUGCGUCGCGGCUCCUGCGCAUCUUCCCUUCCAAAUGACACACUCCCCGCUGGUGCAGGGGCUACAGGGGCAGCCGGGUCCCGCUGCCACCGGGCAGGCCCGCAGAGACGCAGAGGGCUCGCAAGGGAAAUUCAUUAAACACCUGAAAUGGAUUAUGACCAGGCUAAUGGAUCAAGUCCUGGAAAGAAACUAUACUCUGAAAUGUAGAGAUGAAAAUAAGGAGAAGAGAACAAGAAGAAGAGUUGUCAUCAGACUUUGUCAGUUGUGACUUCUCGUCAUGGUCUUUGCCUCUUGUGUGUGCAUGCACUUACUGCAGUGUUCAUGCACCAUACUGGGCUUCCAUAGGUAAUUCUGGGAUGGACUAUAUGAAAAAAUAAGAUAAACUAUGUUCCAUUAUAACAGAAAAUCAGGAUGGUACCCAGAUUUGAUAAACUUUUGAAUGAAUACCAUGUCACCAAAAUGGACACACUCCACAUAUAGCUUAAGCCAGUUUUACAAUCACACGUUGAAAAUUCUACCAGCCAGUAGUUCAAAGGCAGUGCUUUCUCAGGGGAAAAUAUGCAGGAGUGACUGAAGGAGGUUCUGUUCAGGGAGUAUUAUGGUAAGAACUGUGCUAGUAACAUAUUUUAUUUAAAAUGAGAGUUUUGAAAUAGAUCAGAGAGAGAAUUUUAUAUAAGUCAGGUGGAUUCAUUAUUUAACACAGGAUACUUUGCAGAUUGUUUUAGCUCACGUUCCUAUGUACAGAUGUGAAAGCAAUACAAUAAAGACUGACCUUUUACAUGAAAAAUCA